UUGGUGUUUGUCAAGUCUGAUUGUUACUUUUUUGAGAGACAUUUAUGAGGAAAUUUAUCUCUGCCAUGCUGGAAGACUGGAAAUGUGCCUGAGCCUCCAAGUCACCACAGGCUGGAUGUGCCUUCUCAAUGGCCUCCUCCUUCUAUAUAUUGAUGAAAUACGCACAGUAUGUUUUCCUGGCCUCGGUCUUCUACACUGUUGAAUACAGCCUAGCUCAGACUUGUGCAGUGGAGUCUUUCUCUGUGAAAGACAAUUUUGAUCCAAAAAGGUAUGCAGGGAAAUGGUAUGCCCUGGCCAAGAAGGAUCCAGAAGGUCUUUUCCUUCAGGACAACAUCUCUGCUGAAUACACUGUGGAGGAAGAUGGCACAAUGACUGCGUCCUCCAAAGGCCGAGUGAAGCUUUUUGGUUUCUGGGUGAUCUGUGCUGACAUGGCUGCUCAGUACACGGUACCUGACCCAACCACUCCAGCAAAAAUGUAUAUGACCUACCAGGGACUGGCCAGCUACCUCUCCAGUGGCGGGGACAAUUAUUGGGUGAUUGACACUGACUAUGACAACUAUGCCAUCACCUACGCCUGCCGCAGCCUAAAGGAGGACGGCUCCUGUGAUGAUGGCUACUCCCUGAUCUUCUCCCGCAACCCCCGUGGCCUCCCCCCAGCCAUCCAGCGCAUUGUGCGCCAGAAGCAGGAAGAAAUCUGCAUGUCUGGCCAGUUCCAGCCUGUGCUUCAGUCAGGGGCCUGCUAAAAGUACGCUUCUGAUCCUAUCCUUAAGCGCAGAAACCAGACCUCUUGAAGUUGCCACUCAACUAAUAAUAUUAAAAAAAAAAAUCAUAGUAUGGAAUAGUGUGUUUUUCCUGAAAAACACAUGAAAACAUUGGGGGAUCUUUAAACAGUGUGCAAUAUAAUAGUGAUAUUUGAAUUUUCAAGGGAAUACUUAAUGUGGCAUUUGUCAAUAAAUGUUUUUAGAAAAAAAGGCACCUCUGGAACUGGUUUUUAUUGCCUGGUGUUCUGUCAUUGGGUAGCAGAAGGACUGAGGGUGCUCACUGAGGAGUGGUGAGACAGCAGCCAAGAGUGUUCCCAGUGCAGGAGGGGCAGUGUCACUCCUAAGCACUGAACAGGGGGGCAGGGCAAGGAUGGCGAGAGGGACACGUCACCUGACAAUGCUGAAUGUCAGACAAAAGCAUGGUUAUACGGUAAGUCUGGGAUUCACCUAGAAAGUCCAGCCAGCAAGUAAGAGCAGCAAGGCACAUUGGUGAGAUGGCUCCAGCCAAAACCAGGACUCGAGAGCGUGUCUGAGGCAGAGCUCCCUGUAGCAAAGCUCCCAAGAGGACAAUCACAAAUGCCAUAAAACAGUGGCUACUUUCAAUAACACUAAACAUUACUUUAAAUGAGCAGGUUCUUGCAUUUCUAAUGGUGUUACCAGGAAUUUGCUCCCCUCUGUCUUCAUAAUCCAGAUUUCAGUAUCUGAAAGGUAUAGAACUGAAAGAUAUUGAACAGUCUGGGUUUAUGGGACACAAUUUCGUAGAUAGAGAAAACCAAAAGAGGAGUACCUAGAAAUCUCCAUGUAGAAAAAAGGUAACCUGAGUCAGCAUUAUAGACAUGUAUUUCCCAGUGCUUUUAGUAAAAUUUGUGUUUCCUAGUAAUAAAAAUACCAGUCUAGAACACCCCAGCAUCCUGCUGAACUCUGCAGUUUGACAACUACACAAUUUUUUACAAGCUAUAAUUACCAAUCACAGAGGUAAGACCAAGCUGAACAGCCCCUAUUCCAGGGGCUUCCAAACGGUGUGUGGAACAAGGGUGAUGUUGACUGAAGACCUUCAGAGCACUACACUGUUAAACAGCUCCUGCAAGAUGCUUGCACAAUCUUACCUCAAUAACCAGAAAGAGUAUAGAAACCAAAGACCAGAGACACUUUCCAGGACCAGAGACAUUAUCCCAGAGAUGCAGCAAAGUCUCUCAAACUUGUAUUUCCCAGGAUUUCCUGGCAAUACUUGUAAGGCUCUCAACCUGCUUGAACAAAGAUGUCCUUGCUCUUCAGGUCUAGGAAAAGCUACCCUGAGGGAAAAAGAUUGUGAGCUACCACCUAAAGCUAAGGACAGAAAUGGAGCACUGGCAUGCAAUGCUAACAAAACCCCACAAAGACAGCGAACUACUGAGUACUGAAAAAAUAACAGCCUUUUCUGCUGGACUAAGUGCAAGGUCAGUGCAUUGAUUGAAUGUUCUCCACUUCCACCCUUCUCCCAGCAGGAAGUAUUGGGGUGGAAUCUGUGACCUUAGGACUUGUAAAACAACUGAUUAGACAACACUAAUCAGUUACUUCACUAGCUUCAGCUACUCCUUAGCUGAAGGACUGUGGCCUUUGGCCAAAACUGUCAGACCAAUACUACCCGUCUUAGAGAAGUGGAAUUUUUAAUGUCUAUGGUUAUACUACUUGUAUGACCAGAGCAGAUGAGUGCUGUAGCAAGAAGAGACAAUCAAUAUGCAGGACCCAGUACAUCCUUAUUGUGCUUGGUACAGUCUGUCCAGACAAGAUAGGCAGUGAAAUUCCUCCUCAGCCACCUGAGACAAAGCCUGCAGGAUCACAGAAAUGGAGCUGUGAUUGUGGCUGAAGACACCACAAAUUUCAUGCACCUCAGGAAUUGUACUUGAGGUGCAUUUUUCAAUCAGGACUACAAGCAAGUCCCCACAGUAUGAUGUGGGAAGUUAAUGAACAGAUGGGAGUUACAUUAUAUCCAUUUGUCUCCAAUGACUGCAGGAAAUGCGAAAGACAAGGCAGGAUAGGGCAGGUGGUCAUGAGUAUCCUGAUGAGAUUUACACUUCCCUUAAAAUUCUGUUGAGUUCAACAUGAAACAUCUCAUGUAUAUCUAGAGGCAGACAUCUUCUGUCUGCUGUUUGAGCUGGCUGAUGAAAAGAAGUCUAUUAUUCCUGGGGUUUUAGUGUGUGUAUAGGUCCCAAGUCAUAAUCUCUGUCCUGCGCAAACUUUCCACUAACAAGACAAAAUAAAAAAAUUGUUUAUGCAUUAAAAGGACUGUUGUUUUGUCCUCAGAAGGUCCUCUAGUGCUGGCAGAACGACUAUGACUGUGCAACAGCAGGAGGGACCCUGCAAGGAUAUUGUCCUUCACAUACCAGUGAACCCCCUCCAGCAAGGACACUGCAAGUCCUGAGAUCAGACACAAUAAUACCACUUUGAGUUUUCCACGGGUUCUGGUAACUGAGGCAAUCUAUGCAUUUAGGUUUCUACUUCAGCCUCGACACUUUUUAUAGUAAGAUCCUUUCACGCUUUAUUUUUAUGCAAUGUUGGAACUUCCAUGAGUCGAGCUACCUUUUUACCCCUCGUGCUGGUAUCCAUUGCGAGCAGCUGUGUGGUACUUGGUUGCUGGCUGGAGUUAAAACAUGGCAGUCCUUGAGAAUAGUCUUUACUUUCCAAGAUUAAGUUGUUGACAUAAGAGUUGUAAGCAGUUUCUAGAACACAAUGAUCAGAUCCUGUUUUUACAGGGUUCAUGUGAAAGAUUAAAAACUGGUUUUAUUUGCUUUCACAAAAGAUGGCAACAAAUGUAGCAUAUACACAAUUAGACAAUGUAAAAUACUCAGCUGAAAGGUUCUUUCAGUUGCAAAAUGGUUAUACAGCCUCACAAGCUUUCAUUUGAAGCGCAGGCAAAUAAUCCCCUUGCAGUUGCAGUUACAUAUUCCUACUUGGAUUAAUGAACAGCAAAAAACAUACAUGAGUGCUCCACAGCCUUGCUUUGGUUAUGACACUACAGAACUACUAAGCACCUGCUAUUCACACCUGGUGCUAUGGAUACUUGGCACUUCUGAAAACUCAAACUGUAAUGGGGGGCUGAUCACUACAUGUAACAGAGGAGACUAGUUAAACAUGCAAUUUAGGAAACACUAUCAGAGUCAGCAACAGAUGGUUACAGAAAUCUCAAGUUUCAAGUACUAAACAGCGUUUCUCUAUAGACAUUAAAUGAUAAAAAAAGAAAACGCCAUUUCAAAACUUUUAUAAUUUGUCAGAAAUAAACUCAUACCUGGAAAUACCAACUUCUCUUCUCUCUGUAAUUGUUAAUACAUGCUCAUUUCUUAAAGGAAUGAGUUUGUAUCAUAGCAGCAAAGAAGAUUUUCAGAAGAAAUCUUCUAUUUUUCAUGGUUUGCACAUAUAAAUUUUCAUCCCUGCAUAAAAAAAAUCAAUACUAUUCACUACAGCUAUGUUUCUUCUUAUUUUUCUUUUUUUGUUGUUUUUUCCUUUUUUUUUUUUUUUUUAAUACACCUGUAACUAGUACAUAAUCCUUGGUUUGAUAAAGACUGCUAUAUUCUGAUUGCGAGGGUGGGAAAAUUUUAAAGCAAAAGGGCUACUCAGGUAGGACAUCCUAACACACUAAACAUACUGUCCUCUCAAGUUCCUACAUUUUCCGCUGCUUCAGACACACUAAAAUCUCUCACGACCCUAUACUUAGUAUUUCUCUAAAUUGUUUUAAUUGUGGUUCUACCUCGUACUAGCAAAACAACAUGAGUUAACUGCCAGA